CUCCUCCUGCUCGCUGGCCCGCUCGCCCCUCCCGCCGCCGGGGCUGUCCCAGUGUCCCUGAGCCUUUCGGGACGCGGAGAAGCAGCGCCUUAAAUCUGGAGCGAGGCAAAGAAGGAGGCCAAGAAGGAGCGGCGGCCAAGAGGAAGGCGGGCAGCAGGAGCCGGCUCGCCUGCGCAACUCCUUUGGCUUGGAUGCUGCGCUUGCCACUCGUGACACGCUCCUCUCCACGCCAGGCUGCCGGCUCGCUCCUUGCUCUCGCCUGACAAGAGAGACUCGAGAGAGAGAGGGGGACCCCGCCAUGGCUUUGCCUGGGACGCUCCUGGUGGGCGCGCUGGCCCUGGUGGUCGCCUUCGGAGGAGCGGGCGCCCAAGUGGCCUUCUCGGGCGACCUCGUCACCCUCUUCGGAACCAACCGGAGCCUCUCGGCCGGUCAGCUCGACUUCUUGCUCCAGAAGAUGGGAGCCGCGCACCGGAUGGAGGAGGUGCUGCUCCCCGGGCAACUGGGCGCGCUGCAAUACAAUCAGUGCAUGUCAGCUGAAGACAUCUUUUCUGUGCAUGGGCUCUCAAACAGCACCAAGGUGACAGCAUCCAGCUUCUCUGCAAUAUGUCCUGCUGUCUUACAACAGUUGGUUUUUCACCCUUGUGAAAAAUCCAAAGGCAACUCAAAACCAUCUCCCACAGAAGUGUGGGGCUUUGGGUUCCUUGCAGUGACCAUAAUCAAUUUUGCUGCUCUUCUUGGCUUGGUUUUAACUCCUCUUUUGAAGAAAGAUUAUUUCCCAAAGAUUUUAACAUACUUUGUUGGUUUGGCUAUUGGAACCCUCUUCUCCAAUGCAAUUUUUCAAUUGAUUCCAGAGGCAUUUGGAUUUGAUCCCAAAGUAGAUAACUACAUUGAUAAAGCAGUUGCUGUGUUUGGUGGAUUCUACAUCCUCUUCUUUGUAGAAAGAAUUCUUAAAAUGAUACUGAAGUCCUACAGCCAUACUGGUCAUAACCAUUUUGAACCUGAAGAACUGAAACCACCCUCAAUUUUUCCGCUUCCUGUUGAAUCCCCGAAACCCAUUAAUGGAACAAUGUGCUAUGCAAACCCAGCCGUAGCUGAGGCCAAUGGAAAUCUGAGUUUUGAUAAUGUCAGUGUGGUCUCUGGACAGAAAGAUGAAACUCCAAGCAGUUCAUGCAAAUGUUUCAAUGGACCUUCAUUGUCACAGAUUGGCACAAUUGCCUGGAUGAUCACACUGAGUGAUGCCCUGCACAACUUCAUUGAUGGAUUAGCAAUCGGGGCAUCCUUCACACUCUCCCUGUUGCAGGGAAUUAGCACAUCUAUAGCAAUCUUGUGUGAAGAAUUUCCUCAUGAACUGGGAGAUUUUGUCAUCCUUCUUAAUGCAGGCAUGAGCACACGUCAAGCCUUGUUUUUCAAUUUUCUGUCAGCAUGCUCCUGCUAUCUUGGACUAGCUUUUGGUAUAAUAGUGGGCAAUAACUUUGCUCCAAACAUUAUCUUUGCAAUUGCUGGAGGCAUGUUCCUAUACAUUUCCCUGGCAGAUAUGUUCCCAGAGAUGAAUGACAUGACAAGAGAGAAGGUAACUGGAAGGAAAACUGAUCUAGGCUUUUUCCUUAUCCAAAAUGCUGGCCUGCUCACAGGAUUUGCUGCCAUCCUGCUGAUCACAUUGUACGCAGGAAACAUUGAACUGGAAUGAUGUGAUAACGAAGAGAUGAGGAAGAUGAGGAUGAGGAUGAAGACACUAAGUAAAAUUUAAAAAUGGAAGAACUUUUGAACUCUGUAAAGGGACUUGGACGACAUAAAGGAUUUGUUACAACAUCUUCAGUCAUUUUGAAAUGAAACAAAACUAUUUUUCAUACAGAUCUCCAAAACUGGUACUAAGAUCGAGGUUUUCCUUCAACAUCUAUAUUAUGGUCAAUGUUUUUGCAAAACUCCACUGCAGACUUCAAAGUGAGAGCUCUGGUUGGUUCAAGGAGACUGUUUGCCUGCAAAAAUCUGCACUUUUCAGUCGUGUCAUUCAGAGCUCUCAACUGAGACAUUUGUACUUUUAACUGCAAAAUCAUCAGGGUGCCUUUGUCAUUGUAGACCAAAUGCACUAUAUUUUUCUUAAGUGUUAUUAAUUUGCAGGAUGUUGCAGGUUAAAAUAAACUAGGUUUUUAGGAAAAGCCUGAAAACUAUUUCUUAAUAGGUUUGGCUCACUGAUGUUUGG